ACACACACACACACACACACACACACUAUUUUGAUUUGCUUGCACUUGAAAAGCAAGAAACAACGAACUGGAAAACAGAUUAUGUAUAUCCAGAAGAGAAAGCCCUACAUAGCAAACAAACAAACAAACAAACCCCAACACCUUGCAUCUAUUCUACUUCAAGACCUUGGGAGAAUAGCCAGGUUUUAAAGGAUUUUGAGUAUGUCAUCAGGAUGGAAGGUGUGUGAGGAUACUGGGUGAAUUAAAUUUGCAUUUGCAGAAGAGAGUUAAAACCUAUUUUUUGUUUAGACCUUUUUCUAGGACAUUAUUUAAAAUGGGGAAAAGGAAGAAAGAGGCAAAAAAGAAAUCCAUUAAUCUGAGCAGUGAAACUGAUAAGUGGAUGUCUGAUUUACCAGAAAGUCUUUGGGCUGUACCCCUCUCUAAUCUGUCAUUACCAGGUAGUCAUGAUGCAAUGACAUAUUGUCUGGAUAAGAAGUCAGAAGUCAGUGCGAACGGAUCCAAAUUGUUGCAGUUACUAGAUAAACAUAUGCAUUGCAUAGUGCACCCUAUUAUUUUGAGAUGGUCAAUAACACAGGAUCUGACUGUGUUGGAACAAUUGGAUGCUGGAAUUAGGUAUUUCGAUUUUAGAAUAGCUCACAAACCUGAUGAUCCUUCCAUGAAAUUAUACUUUGUUCAUAUGUUAUAUACAACGGUGGAAGUAGAGGUUGUUCUGUGGGAUAUUUUACGAUGGUUGAAAAAUCAUCCUUGGGAGGUUGUUGUUCUAGCUUUCAGAAAUUUUGAUGGCUUGGAUGAGAAUCAUCACAAACAUUUGGUCUCCUGUAUACAGAAGAUCUUCGGUUACAGAUUGUGUCCUAGAAAUAUUAUCCCAACCCUGCACAAUAUGUGGUCAAAUGGAUACCAAGUUAUUGUAUCUUAUGACGACAUAAUGCAGGUGGUACAACAUAGUGAAUUGUGGCCUGAAAUUCCAUACUGGUGGGGAAAUAAGGAUACAGCACGAAAGCUUAUUGAGUUUUUGGAAAAAAGGAAGCAAAGUGGUCGCCCAGAUGGAUUAUUUGUCGCAGGAAUAAAUCUUACUGCAGAUUUAGGAUAUAUUUUGACAAAUAUAAACAGCUCUGUUAAAAAAAUGGCUCUGAAGGCUCUUCCAUUCCUAAAUUUGUGGGUAAAGAAACAACAUCCUGGAUCAAAAAAGGAUUGCAUUAACAUCAUUGCUGGAGACUUCAUAGAAAAAAAUAAUUUUGUAGAGAAUGUGAUAAACCUUAAUAGCAAACUGAUUUUACAAUAACUCUAUUUUGAUCGUUUUGAAAGGAGAUGAUGGGAGAUGAUUGUUUUGAAAGGAGAUUAUGGGACUAACUGCAAGGAUAAAGUAAGAUAUAAUAUAGUAAAUAAUUCCCUUACUCAUAUUUUAACUUGCAGUUAAGUAUUUAUUUAAAAACUGUAUUUAAAUAUCGCGGUAGAAAAUGUCAUGUUUUUUUUUAAAAAAAACUUCAUGGAAAAAAUGGUUUUCCUGCAAAAUGUGCAGCAUCUACAAAAUUUUGAAACAUGGAGAACUUUGAUCAACUAGUUAGUACUGAAAUAUUACUGUAGAGGUAGUAUGUUUGAGUAUCUCUGUGCUGUCCCGCUCACUUGCACACACAUGUAACAGUGCUUUAGUAGAUUUAUUAUUGUUCCAUGGCAAUUCCCUACACCAAAACCUCAGAACUGUCCCAAUUACGUCCAGCCAAAAGCAGACCUAUGUUAAUCCACACAGCAGUGGCCAAUGAGUCGAUAAAGUACUUGUAAGGUUUUCAGGCAAGACAAAUCCACCAGGUAAAAUUAAAUCCACAGCACAAAGGCAAGAAGAAUCCAGAGUUCACAAGGCAUGAUCCAAAGUCAAGGCAUGGUAUCAGUCCAAAGCCAGCCAGUCAUCCCAGUCCCGAAGAAAAAAACUGCCUGAAUGACUUACAGACCUAUUGCAUAAACAUCUGUAGUGAUGAAGUGCUUCGAGAAAUUGUUUCUUCAACACCUCAGUUCAUGCCUCCCACCAAAUUUUGACCAAUACCAGUUUGCUUACAAGGAGAAUAGCAGAGGUAGUAUUCAGCAGGUUCUGACCAGUUCUGGAGAACCGGUAGUGGAAAUUUUGA